AUGGACGAGUGUCUUGUGAAUGAAUAUAUAUCAGCAGUGAGGGGAAUGGUAUGUCAAGUGCUGGAGCUGAUUGCAGAUGGGUUGAAGAUUAGGCAGAGAGAUGUGUUCAGCAGGCUGUUGAGGGAUGAUGAGAGCGACUCUCUGUUCAGAUGGGACAUGGUCUUAAUCCCAUCUGACCCCUUCUCCAUUCUUAUCAACAUCGGCGAUUCUCUACAGAUGAAGAUGGAGUGUGAAGCACAGAGUUCUGGCAGACAAUGGGAGAUCAAGGAGUCAAUGAUCUACUUCGCAGCACCACCUUUGGGUGAAAAGAUAAUACCAGUAAGAUCACUGAUGGAAGAAGGAGAAGAGAGUUGGUACAAGGAGUUCACAUGGGGAGACUACAAAAACUGCGCCUUCAACUCCCGGUUGGGGACAACAGGUUGCGCCCCUACGAGAAGACUGCUCAGCAGUGCCGGUGACGUUGUGGUCAAAAUUGUCCAUUCAGGAUAA